AUGUCACACACUAAUAAGAUCGCAUACGUGUUGAACAAUGACACGGAGGAAACAGCCUCGCCCUCUUCCGUUGGUUGUUUUGACAAGAAACAGCUCACUAAAUUACUGAUACAUACUCUAAAGGAGCUGGGCUACGACUCCGCCGCUAACCAGUUACUGCUAGAGAGCGGCGGAUAUCAAAAUGAGUCUAACCACAUCCAGACUUUCUUCAAACUCAUCAAGACCGGCCAAUUCCAUCUUAUUAAUUGGCAGAUUGUUUGCUCGCUGCCCCUUGCCCAUAGCUCUCCGCUAAGGUCCGAAUGGCUUCAAAGGCUGCUCAUUCCCACGCCGACGCCCGCCACGACUUCACUUUUCGACCACAUGCUCCUGCAACUGCAAUACCUGCAACAGCUGAUGAGCUCUGUAAAUUCAUCUACUUGUUCGGACGCAGAGAUCGCCACGCUCAGAAAUUACGUAGAGAUCAUGAUUCUAGUUAAUAGACAAAUAUUCCUCGAAUUCUUCCAUCCAGUCACAAAUUCCGCCUCUCACAAGGGCCCUCACACUGCACUGCCCGUCCUGUAUUUGCGCAAAAUCCUCAAAAACUUCAUCGAGAUAUGGGAUUCCCUGCUGGUGUCUAACGAUCAGUUCCUAAAUGAAGAAAACAUCUUCAAUCCGGAAACGACCUUGAGAGAACUGUCGACGUACCUGACCAACCCAAAACUAACCGCGCAGUUGAACCUCGAGCGAGACCAUCUGAUUGACGCCAUCUCCAAAUAUAUCGAUCCGAACGAACUCGUUCCCAAGGGUCGUCUCUUGCAUCUCUUGAAACAGGCCAUCAAGUAUCAACAAUCACAAGACAUUUUUAAUAUCAUCGAUCCGGAUGAUGACGCCUCUUUCUCCUCUCCACCCCACCGGAUCAACCUUUUGCAGGAUAACUUCUCACACGAUCUGACUGUGACCUUUCAAGAAUGGAAGACUAUCCAAGACACCACAGACGAAAUUUGGUUUUUGACAUUUUCGCCCAAUGGCAAGUAUUUGGCUUCUGCGACUUCCGAGUCUUCAAGAGGCUACUUCAUUACUGUUUAUGAUGUGGAACAAGACUUCAAAAUUUAUAAGACUUGCGUGAGCUUGUCACAAUCCGUAUUGUACCUCAUGUUUUCUCCUGAUAGCCGGUAUCUGGUUGCUUGCCCUUUCAGCGAAGAUGUUACCAUUUACGACAUGAAUGCCACCUCCCUGCCCGAUGCGUCUGCCACAGACUCGUUCCUACUAUACCCUUCUACCAGGCUCUCGCCCAUGGACUCGUUUAAACUGGACACCACCACGUACCCAGAUGAUACCGAAUCAUCAGCAUCAUCUUCCUCGAGGCCGGCAAACGCGAAUUCUAAUCAAUCAAGAGUAUGGUGCUGCGAUGCCUUCCACACUGCGGAACGUGCGGGCUGGAUGGUGGUUGGAUCGCCCGACAGAGAAGCUAUUGUACACUCACUCACCACGAAAGAGUCACUUUUUAGCUUAAAAGGCAGGACUUGUAUCGCGUUGGGCCACGAUGAAAACAUCUCUGGGAGAAAAUCAAUCGAUCCUGCAAAAGUCCUUUACAAACCAACAAGUAGCAAUGGUAACUGGCAAUAUGUGGAGGACGACGAAACCUUUCCACGUGUGCACGACGUGAAAAUCAGCUAUGACGAUAAAUACGUGCUUUUAAUGACCCACCAGGGCGUUAUAGAUGUCUACGAUUUCAGUGGGUUCCCCUCCAAAGAGGAGCUAUCUAAGCAAACAGUGGAUCCCAAAAACUUUCUGAUUCCAAGGAUCGCAAGAUUGGACGUGGGCAAAAACAUGACUUGUAUCUCAUUACCGCUAAAUACCACGCAUCAAGGCUUCCAUAGGCAACAAAUAUCCGAGUCUCAACAUUUGGUAUUAGUUAGCCUUCAAGAUAACGAAUUACAAAUGUGGGACUAUAAAGAAAAUAUUCUCAUACAAAAGUACUUUGGACAGAAGCAACAGCACUUUAUUAUCAGAUCUUGCUUCGCCUACGGUAAUAAGCUUGUCAUGAGCGGAUCAGAAGAUGGUAAAAUUUACAUUUGGGAUAGAAUUAGAGGUAACCUAGUAUCUGUUUUAUCCGGUCAUUCCACGGUAAUGAGUAAUUCCACAAAACCCAUGGGGAAAAAUUGUAACGUAGUUGCAUCAAACCCUGCAGAUAAAGAAAUGUUUGCUUCUGGCGGUGAUGACGGUAAGAUAAAAAUCUGGAAAAUUUCAAGAAAUUAA